AUGGCGCCGAUUCGAAUUGCUCUCAUCGGCCUUUCCCAGUCCGCCAAAACAUCCUGGGCAGCUUCAGGCCAUCUCCCGUAUCUCCUGUCUGAACGCGGCAAAGCACGAUAUAAAAUCAUAGCGCUUCUCAACUCGAGCGAAGGGGCGGCCAAAAAGGCCAUUGAGGCGUUCGGGUUGCCAUCGGAUGUGAAAGCUUACGGCACCGCCGACGAUCUGGCGAAAGAUGCAGACGUCGAUCUAGUCGUAUGCACCACGCGGGUCGAUGUGCAUUUUUCGACCAUCAAGCCUAGCGUUGCAGCCGGCAAGAACGUCUUUGUCGAAUGGCCGCUUGCGGAGAACGCGACGCGCGCUGGAGAGCUCGCUGAGCUGGCGCGCAAGACGGGCUCGAAGACGAUGGUGGGAUUGCAGGGAAGAGCUUCGCCCGUAAUCGUGAAGUUGAAACAGCUCAUACAAGACGGGGCGAUUGGGAAGGUCGUGAGCGCCGAUGUAACCGCCUACACGCCUGGUGGAGGUGGCAGUUCCAUGUCAGAGGGACUGGCUUACUUUUUGAAGAAAGAGGUUGGCGGUAAUCCUGUUACCAUUGCAUAUGCACACACAAUCGAUUACAUCCACGCUGUCCUUGGCGAGUUCGAAUCAUUCACCAGCCAUUGCCAGAUACAACGCCCGGAGCAGACCAUCAUCAACAAAGAGACCGACCAGACCAGAUCGACAAUCUCUGACGUCCCCGAUCUGGUCUCCACGCAUGGCACGCUCAAAGCUUCUGAGUGGGUCAAAGAAGGAGCGUCGCUCAUCGUCAACUUUCGGACUGGCCCACCGUUCCCAGGUACAAUGCCAUUUGUGUGGGUCAUUACCGGGGAUAAAGGUCGAAUUCGAGUUUCCUGCGAGAGGGGCCCGUAUAUCCAGUCCGCAGCUGCAGCGUUCCCCAUCCCGAUCGAGGCCGAGGAUAUCGCGAGCGGAGAAGUCCGACAGGUGGCCUGGGCUUGGGAGGACUGGCAAGAGCCGCUGCAGGCCAGUGGGAGAUGCAUCGGAGCGCUGUAUGAUUUGUAUUAUGAAGGUCGGUUUGCGGAAUUCGGGGUUGCAGACUUUGACGCAGCGGUCGAACGCCAUCAGCAGAUAGACAGCAUUCUGUACUGA